CAUCCACUCACUCUUUACUGCUGCCUGCGAUGUGACUCCACGCCGCUCGCCCACUGGAAUAUCACCCCUCCGUGUGACAAGUGACAAGUGACGGAUUUUACGCGCACGCCACGCCGCUCGGUUUUCCAAAAUAAAAGGAAGCACUACGCGGCAGCGGCAAAUGCCUAUCAUGACUGUGGGAUUAAUACAGAUUAUGUGCGUGGUUACGGCGGUAUUCGCGAUGGAAGAAACACUGAUGGACACUCGGACCGCCACAGCAGAGCUCGGGUGGACGGCGUACCCUUCCUCAGGGUGGGAGGAAGUCAGUGGAUAUGAUGAGAACCUCAACACCAUCCGAACAUACCAGGUGUGCAAUGUCUUUGAAUCCAACCAGAACAACUGGCUGCUCACCACCUUCAUUGCUCGGCGUGGAGCUCAACGCAUAUACGUGGAGAUGCGGUUCACCGUCCGAGACUGCAGCAGCAUCCCGCGGGUUCCUGGAUCCUGCAAGGAGACCUUCAACCUCUACUACUAUGAGACGGACUCCGUGAUCGCCACCAAGGGAACAGCGUUCUGGAUGGAAGCUCCGUACCUCAAGGUGGACACAAUUGCGGCGGACGAGAGCUUCUCCCAGGUGGAUUUUGGCGGCAGGUUGAUGAAAGUGAAUACAGAGGUGCGGAGUUUCGGUCCGCUAUCCAAAAAUGGGUUUUAUUUGGCAUUUCAGGACUACGGCGCAUGCAUGUCCCUGCUGUCCGUACGUGUGUUCUAUAAGAAGUGUCCCAGCGUGGUGCAAAACUUUGCAAUCUUUCCCGAGACCAUGACUGGGGCAGAGAGCACCUCGCUUGUGAUUGCUCGAGGGAUGUGCAUCCCAAACUCGGAGGAAGUGGACGUCCCGAUAAAGUUGUAUUGUAACGGUGACGGGGACUGGAUGGUUCCGAUUGGGAGCUGCACCUGCAAGUCUGGAUUCGAACCAGACAGUGGGAACAUCUGUCGGGCGUGUCCUCCAGGGACAUUUAAGUCCAGUCAAGGGACAGGUAUGUGUCUUCAGUGUCCACCAAACAGCAGGUCCACAUCAGAAGCAGCCAUCAUCUGCGUCUGCAGAAACGGCUACUACAGAGCAGACGGAGAGCAGCCGGACAUGCCCUGCACCAGUGUUCCCUCUGGACCAAGGAACGUCAUAUCCAUCGUUAAUGAGACCUCCGUCACUUUGGAGUGGCACUCUCCGCGUGAGACAGGUGGACGUGAGGAUGUCGUUUACAAUAUUGUUUGUAAGAAAUGCCAGGCAGACCGGCGAUCGUGCUCUCACUGUGACGAUAACGUGGAAUUUGUCUCCCGCCAAUUGAGUCUGACCGAAACCAGAGUCUUCAUCAGUAACCUACUGGCUCACACACUCUACACAUUUGAGAUCCAGGCGGUCAACGGCGUCACCAACAAAAGCCCAUAUCCUGCUCAGCAUGUCUCCAUAGACAUCACAACCAACCAGGCUGCUCCGUCCAUUGUUCCGAUAAUGCAUCAGGUCAGUUCUACAAUGAAAAGCAUCACCUUGUCAUGGCCGCAGCCUGAACAGCCCAAUGGAAUCAUUCUGGAUUAUGAGCUAAGCUACUAUGAGAAGGAUCUGUCUGAGUUGAACUCUACACAGGUGAAGAGUCAGACAAACACAGUGCUUGUGGAUGGAUUACGACCAGGCACCAUUUAUGUGAUGCAGGUUCGCGCCAGGACAGUCGCUGGUUUCGGCAAAUACAGCAGCAAAAUGUGCUUCCAAACCCUAACAGAUGACGACUAUAAAUCAGAGCUGAGGGAACAGUUGCCGUUGAUUGCGGGCUCAGCUGCGGCUGGAGUGGUCUUCAUUGUGUCUCUUGUGGCCAUAUCUAUAGUCUGUAGCAGAAAACGAGUGUACAAUAAGGAGGCGGUGUACAGCGACAAACUCCAGCACUACAGUACCGGCAGAGAACUCUCUUUAAGGCCUGAUUUGUCAAACUGCCACACGCCAAUUGGCUGCCCGACCCUACCCGGUUCUCCGGGGAUGAAGAUCUACAUCGACCCCUUCACCUAUGAGGACCCCAAUGAAGCUGUGAGAGAGUUUGCCAAGGAGAUCGAUGUCUCAACUGUCAAGAUUGAAGAAGUUAUUGGGGCAGGUGAGUUUGGGGAAGUUUAUAAAGGUCGGCUCAAACUGCCUGGAAAACGAGAGAUCUAUGUUGCAAUCAAAACACUGAAGGCGGGCUAUUCUGAGAAGCAGAGACGGGACUUCCUGUCAGAGGCAUCAAUCAUGGGGCAAUUCGACCACCCCAACAUCAUUCGUCUGGAGGGCGUGGUCACCAAGAGCCGGCCAGUUAUGAUCGUUACAGAGUUCAUGGAAAACGGAGCUCUCGACUCCUUCCUUAGGCAAAAUGACGGGCAGUUUACAGUGAUCCAGCUGGUAGGGAUGUUGAGGGGUAUCGCAGCAGGGAUGAAGUAUCUGUCAGAGAUGAAUUAUGUCCACCGAGACCUCGCUGCCCGCAAUAUCCUGGUCAACAGCAACCUCGUGUGUAAGGUUUCGGAUUUUGGCCUGUCCCGUUAUCUGCAGGAAGACACCUCUGACCCCACCUACACCAGCUCACUGGGUGGAAAGAUUCCAGUGAGAUGGACCUCGCCAGAAGCGAUUGCAUACAGGAAGUUCACUUCUGCUAGUGAUGUCUGGAGUUACGGUAUCGUCAUGUGGGAGGUGAUGUCCUUUGGCGAGAGACCCUACUGGGACAUGAGCAACCAAGAUGUGAUCAACGCUAUUGAGCAGGAUUAUAGGCUUCCACCACCCAUGGAUUGCCCCACUGCUCUACACCAGCUGAUGCUCGACUGCUGGCAGAAAGAUCGCAAUGCUCGGCCGCGAUUUACGGACAUUGUCAACACACUUGACAAACUCAUCCGCAACCCCACAAGCCUAAAAGCAGUCGCCAGUAUACCCACUAUUCCGUCCCAGCCAUUGUUGGACAGAUCCAUUCCUGACUUCACCACCUUUAGUUCUGUAGAAGACUGGUUGGCUGCCCUUAAGAUGUCUCAGUACAGAGAUAACUUCCUUAACUCUGGCUUCACGUCCCUCCAGCUCGUAACCCAGAUGACUUCAGAGGAUCUGUUGAGGAUAGGUGUGACUCUGGCCGGCCAUCAGAAGAAACUCCUCAGCACCAUCCAGUCCAUGCAUCUGCAGAUGUCCCAAACCCCCACUGCACUGGCAUGACUACAAGGGGCGCCGGACGAUGGGCUGGGCAGCUUGCAGAAGAGGUACCAGCGGGUGAGCCCAAUCCCAUCGGGGCGCGCCAGAAUAGAGACUAUCAUCCUGAUCUGAGAACGUGUUUCAAGAGAGAAAUAAGAAUAAUCAUCCCAUAAUCAACAAACCAGACUGGACCAAACCUGGUCUGGACUGGACUUGCUGGGACUCACUGGGAGUCUGUUAACCUGUUGGCUGAGGGAAGGAAACGGGAUACCUGCCUCAUUGUCUGUCUGUCUGCCUAUUUGGACUACAUUUACAAGGGAAACUGAAGAAGUGGACUAUUUUACUUUCCGUUUCUUUGCAAAUUCGUCUCAUUGGAUGCACAUCCUACUUUUUUUUUCUUUGCGAUAUGUAUCAACAUAACAAAGAACUGCAUUUUUUUGUCCAUUUUGCCACAAUUUUGUCUCAUCGGACACACAUUCUGUGUUUUUGCCAUCUUCGCGAUGUUAAUCAGCAAACCACAACUAUUCAAAUUUUUUUCCGAUGAAAACACGUCUUUGUCUUUCCAUUUUUUCCAAGAUAAAGAGACCUAUUCCUUCAAUUGCCAUUGCUUCCCACUUAUACUACCUGUCGAUCUUGUUAUGGCCGACGUUGCCAAAGGACAU